CAUAAGGUGCGAAGGUCAGAGCAUAUGAUUUACUCAUCAAACCGUUCUCUUGUACCGGGUAAUGAACCUGGAAGAGAGCACUGCGAUCAGCACCAAAAGCUUUCAUAAUAAAAUAAAGGCGAUCAGUCAGAAUAAGUUUCUCUUCCCUCUAGGGGAAAAUGCACUAGCAGCAUGCACAAGGCACUGGUUUUCCUUUAAUCUGUCACCCUCUGUACGUGCUGGUGUGUGACUGGCGCUCGUGACAGAAUGGUCCCUUUAAUGGCGCGCUCGUAGACAUCAGCGCGCGUGCCGCUCUCGGUGUUUCUUGUGCAUCAGCGCGCGUGCCGCUCUCGGUGUUUCUUGUGCAUCAGCGCGCGUGUCGCUCUCGGUGUUUCUUGUGCAUCAGCGCGCGUGCCGCUUUCGGUGUUUCUUGUGCAUCAGCGCGCGUGCCGCUCUCGGUGUUUCUCUUUCCGGAGUGUCUACGCGCCUUCGGCGAAUCGGGGUGUGUCUGCACAAACAGGGAAGCCACCGAGCGCAAAUAACAACACCACCACCACUAGUGGGGCUAAAAUGCAGCACAAUGAAAAACUCAAAAGCCGGAUAUGACACUUGUUUGGACUGAAAGGCGUCUUGAAACCAUGAAGAAGCAGCACCAAAGCCCCGCUAAGCUCGCGGCAGAAGUGCGCGUGCCAGAAGGCGAAGCUACCGUGCAGCAACUUAACGAGCUUUUGUCUGACAGCAGCGGCUUUUACACUUUGCCAGCGCAACAUUUCAACGAGGUGUUUCCUAGGAUUUACAUCGGGAACGCAUUUGUGGCCCAGAAUGUGAUGCGUCUGCAGCGGCUCGGCAUCACACACAUACUCAACACAGCGGAGGGCAACUCCUUCAUGCACGUGAACACCAACGCUGAGUUCUAUGCAGGAAGUGGGAUCACAUACCAUGGCAUAAAGGCCAAUGACACGGAACAGUUUAACCUCUGUGCCUUCUUUGAGGAAGGGGCCGACUUCAUUGAUAAGGCUCUGGCACAUGCAAAUGGAAAAGGAAAAGUGUACGUUCACUGCCGAGAAGGCUACAGCCGCUCCCCGACUAUUGUCAUUGCUUACCUCAUGCUGCGCCAUAAAAUGGAUGUGCGAGUGGCGACGGCUACUGUAAGGCACAAGAGAGAAAUCGGGCCCAACGAUGGCUUCCUGCGCCAGCUGUGCCAACUCAACGAGAAGCUGGCCAAAGAGGGCAAGCUGAAGACUAAAUGAUAGACAACAAAUCUAUCACUCUUCUGUCAUCAGAGAUUUGUCUAGUCUAGUUAGUCUAGUGCAAAGAUUUUACAGUCUAGCUCCCUCUCUCUUUCUCUAUCUCUUUUCUUUUUCUUUCUCUUUCUCUAUCUCUUUUUCUUUCUCUUUAUCUCUCUCUCACACUCUCUCUCUCUCUCUCUCUCUCUCUCUCACACACACACACAC